CUACUCCCUUAAGCAAUACUCAUAUCUUUAUCUUCUUCUGCAUAAAUCUUUAAUAAGUUUCUUUUCCAAAAAAUAGUAGUUAUACCAAACCAAACGCCAAGGUCUUUGUCUUUGCUAAGUCUCUACUGCUAUUUAUGCCACUGUUAAAUAAGCCGAAGAAGAAGAUGGAAAUGCAAAUGCAUAACAGAGGAGGAGGCAGCAUGGUUUUGAGUUUGGUGUGUGUAUGUGGAUUACUAUUUUUAUAUGGUGGGAAUGCUCAGGACACUCUUGUUCCGGCGGUCAUUACUUUUGGUGACUCCAUUGUCGAUGUAGGGAACAACAACCAUCUCCCCACUCUUUUUAAGGCUAAUUACCCUCCUUAUGGAAGGGACUUCGUCAAUCACCAACCCACCGGAAGAUUCUCCAAUGGCAAACUUCCCACUGACCUCAUUGCUGAGACUCUAGGCUUCAAGAGUUACGCACCGGCGUAUCUUAGCCCAGAAGCAUCAGGGAAAAAACUUCUUAUUGGAGCCAACUUUGCUUCAGCUGCAUCUGGUUACGAUGAGAACACUGCAGCUCGAUAUCACGCAAUCCCAUUGUCCCAGCAGUUAAAGUAUUUCCAAGAAUACCAGACAAAGCUAGCUAAAGUAGCUGGCCAGAGUAAAGCUAAAUCCAUUAUUAAGGACGCUCUUUAUGUACUGAGCGUUGGUAGUGGCGACUUCGUUCAGAACUACUACAUCAAUCCUCAUCUCAACAGAGCCUACACCGUUGAGCAAUACAGUGUCAUGCUCAUUAGCUCAUUCACAACCUUUACUAAGGGCUUGUAUGGCUUGGGGGCAAGAAAAAUUGGAGUGACUUCACUCCCUCCAUUAGGCUGUCUUCCAUCAGCAAGAACCUUAUUUGGAUAUCACCAAAGUGGGUGUGUCGCUAAGCCCAACACAGACGCCCAAGCAUUUAAUAAGAAGUUGAACGCUGCUGCUGCCAGUAUCCAAAAGCAAUACCCUGAUCUUAGACUUGUUAUCUUUGAUAUUUACAAGCCUCUUUACGAUGUUAUUAAAUCCCCUUCUAAAUAUGGCUUUGCGGAAGCAACAAGAGGCUGCUGCGGAACUGGGACUCCGGAGACACACUCAGCUUUGUGCAAUCCUCACGCAAUAGGAACUUGUUCAAAUGCUACUCAGUACGUAUUUUUUGACGGUGUCCAUCCAUCCGAAGCUGCUAAUAGAAUUAUUGCUGUUGAGUUGAUAGGCCAAGGCCUAUCCCUCGUCUGAUGAGGUGUGUUCGUUCGAUAGUAUUUGCCCAACUGUCUUAAUAAUAUAUUUAUGAGUAAUGAUUGAGACAGUUUUUUUUAUACAUUAUUUGUGCACACGUGAUAAGUCACAUGGUCUUACUUUUAAAAAUACUUAUCAUUGUGAGCACAAACAGUGUGUAAAAAGUGUGGAUGUCUAGCAUCACUCAUAAUAUUAUAAUAUUAUGUUACAUGUACCAGACAAAUUUCUUGUGUUUCUACUUUCGAGUGCAGUGUUAUGUUAAUUUAGUAUUUGUAGGUUUGCAAAGACCAGAAUUAUUGAGAAGAUCUAGUGGUUGAAAGAGUGUAUUUGUUGAA